UUCUUGCAGUUUAAUUCGUCUCAGAGUGAACACCAAGUGUACACUUAGAUCCAAAUUCUGACAGGAAUGCAAUACUGAAUACGUUUAAACAGAAUCAUGUUGUCCUCGCUAAUUAAAGAACAUCAAACUAAACAAGCAGCGAAGAGAGUCAUACAAGAACAAAAACGCAAGGAAUGUAUAGCUGCAGCUAAUGAUCUAACACAAGCUUUAGUUGAUCAUCUCAAUGUUGGUGUUGCUCAAGCUUACUUAAAUCAAAAGAAGCUGGAUGCCGAAGCAAAAUUAUUACAUCAAGGAGCCAUUAAUUUCUCAAAACAGACUCAACAGUGGUUGGCGUUGGUUGAGAACUUCAGUAGUGCACUAAAAGAGAUUGGUGAUGUAGAGAACUGGGCCCGCAGCAUUGAGAAUGAUAUGAAAAUUGUUACCGACACACUAGAGAAUGCUUACAAAAUGGCUCAAGAACAGCCAAGCACUACACAAAACAACCAAUAAGCUAAUGUUUACCUUGUGAUGAUUAGUAAUUGUUAUCAAAAUUCAGUUUAUUUGAUUUCAUAUCAUAAGAAAUGCAACCAUGUUUCCUUUACUAUUUAAUUCAAAUUCAACUGCCAAUUUUUGAAGUGAAAACUUCUUUAGCGGCGCUGUGCACUUUUUGUGGUGGGGAAAAAAUGUUAAACUCGCGACAGGUCACGUGACCGACAGAUUCGACAAAUUGAAAACUCGUAAGACGGACACGUAACCAGGGGGCCGAUUUUUGAAAUUCGACCACUCGAUUUCGUGUAUUUCGUUAAAUGAUAUCUCCACUACUAGGCGUUUAAAUUAUACUAUUAGAAUUGAAAUCGAGUGGUCAAUACCACUACAUUCCAAAUUUUGAUCGCUCGUAUUUCAAAAAUUUGCAUUUAGCCGUUUUCCUCCGAUUUUCGAGUGACGAAAUCGAGCGAUCGAAAUUCAAUAAUCGGCCACCUGAUCGAAAAACUUUUAAGCCCCCUCCAGACUAUGCA